CGCAGCUGGCAUCCAUUCUUGUUUUGAUUUUAUGAUAGGUCUGUUUUGAAAACAAAGAAGUAAAAGUCCAAACUUGAAGAUGGGCAAGAUAUUCCUGGAUCAUAUUGGAGGCACUCGUCUGUUCUCGUGUGCAGCGUGUGAUGUAAACCUUACUAAUCGUUCAGAGCUAAUCAGUACAAGAUUCACUGGAGCUACAGGCCGCGCUUUUCUCUUCCACAAAGUUGUGAACUUGGUAUACUCGGGAGUGCAGGACCGGGUGAUGCUAACUGGUCGGCAUAUGGUGCGAGACGUCUCCUGCAAGAAUUGUUCCACCAAGCUCGGCUGGGUGUACGAGUUUGCUACUGAGGAAAACCAAAGAUACAAGGAAGGUCGCGUUAUCCUGGAGCGAGCGUUGGUCACGGAAAGCGACGGCAUAGAGGAAAUACAAGUCAACGACGAUUAGAUUUAUACAUUUAUAUACUACAUACCCAUGUACACUUGUUAGACAAGCAUUUGAGUGUCAAUCCAAAUCUCUACACCAGCGAUUGUUUGCAAGGCCAUCAAGUCUUGGUCACCUGAUGCUUUAAUUUCAGUUUUUUUUAAAUUAGAGUAUGGUAUAACGCCACGCCUAUCGUGUGCGGCGCGUCAUCGUGAACCUUGUGGGUAUGCACUAAGGUUGAUAUUGGGCUACAGCCGCGCGCAUUAGUUAGCGAUCAAAGGGUUAAUUCAAAGAUAAUACCUAAUUUAAACCCUCCAUGUAGAAUCGCUUGUCGAACAUGUCUAUGCUUGGGGACGUAGCAUUAAGUUUUAUGCAAUACAUUCGUAAAGUAAUGCCCACGUAACGAGAUAAAGAAUGUAAACAAACAUUAUUCAAACUAUAUUAUUUGAACUAAAUUAUUAUUAUGACAGAGAUAAUAGUCGCUGGCUAUAGCUAAUAGAGUUAGACCAAGAAAAGUCUGCAGCGAUUUUGAUAGCCCACGCAGUGCAAGUGUUAUUUAUACUUCAUUAUUUCAUAGAACUUUGACGUUUAAAAUAACACUUGCACUGCGUGGGCUAUCAAAAUCGCUGGAGACUUUUCUUGGUCUAACUCUAGUUAUGAAAUUCAGUCAGAUUGUUUAUAUCUUUAUCUAGUUUCGUUGGCUUUACUUUACACAUAUUUAUUUUAAAUCCUAUGUCUUCGCAAUUCGCCGGCUAUGGCGGUGAACUUUUAGAUUGGCCUGCGGAUAACUUAAGAUAAACACUGAAGAUUUGACUUGCUAUGUGCUCACAUACUAGUAUAUGGGCCACCACACACUAGCGUCUUUUGAGCGUCGGCGUCUAGUCAGCGCUAUGGGAAAUGGCGUCGCUGCGCAGUUGCGCUAACGUUGCGUCGAGCAGCAUGCUUAGAGAAGACGUCGACGCUCGCGAGACGCUAGUGUGGGGUGGCUCUAAAUGUUUUUAUACAUGGGCGCCGGCAGCGGGGUGCAAGGGGGUGCACUUGCGGCCCCCUGGCAGGAAAGAAAACACAGGAAAAAAUACAAAAUAUAUAUUUUUUAUCCGUGUGGUCGCUCUCGUGUCCCAUCGUUGAGCGAUUCCACGUUUUCACAUGUCGUAACGUGCUAAAUGUACCUACGUUCGAUGCUACAUACUUAAAUGACGGCAUAGAGUGCUUCUAUUUCACAUAUGCACCCCCCUGAAAGUAAUCCUGGCGGCGCUCAUGUUCUUAUAUAACAAGUUAGUAAUAUUUAUAAUUGGGUAUACAAUCAGCAUUAGUAUAUCUUCUUAUUUUACUCAAGUAUGUAACUAAAAAAACUUGGCACCCAGUUUGAUCUGAAUUCUUUUGUCGGCGAAGUAGUUUUCAUAUUUUUGUUUUCGAUGGGUUUACGUUUUAUUUCGGAAAUAUUCUGGAUGCGAGCGGCAUAUAAGAUUAAAUUACAAGGACUUAAGUUUUCUCCUACAGCCAAUGGUUUAUGUUGUGAUUAAAUAGAUGUAAGUAUUAUAAUUAAUUUGGCGAUGUUAAAUUUAUGAUAGGUUGAGCCUAUAUUUUAUUCGAAAUUUAAAUUUAUCAUAAAGGGGCCCACAGAUUACCAGUUCGCCGGACGAUAUCAGUCUGUCAGUUGUUCGGAGUUGUCAACAGGCCGAUAUCGUCCGGCGGACUGGUAAUUAAUGGGCCCCUUAAGGCGUGGUUAAGUAAAUGCAAAUUAAAAAUGCUGUUUUAGUCUUAUUUGAUCGAGUUAGAAAUUAAGAGUUAAUUUAAGAUUCCACACCAUAAUGAAUGCAGUUCACAAACAUCUCUAUCUCUCACUAAGUAUAAUUGUUCCUGAAAUAUAUUUACACGACCUUAUUGUUCGUGUCAUAAAGGCGUGUUAGCAUAUUUUUGAAACGUUGGCUUGUAGAUGUUUGUAAACUCGAAUGUAGGUACCUACCUAUUUUUCUUGGAAUAUGUGUAAUUACUAAUUAUUACCUAUAUAUAAUAUUUUAAACUUUCGCGUUUUGAACACAUAUUAACUCACAUUUAUAGACGUGUCUAACGCGAAUUUUCGCCAAAGGAUCUAUAUAUCGCGGUAGACCCGUUUGUGUAAUUAAAUAAAGGAUCUAUCUUCGGACGGGUGCGUGGAUAUUGUGUGUUGCGUGUCGGACUAUUGACAAUAAUUAACAUUAUGUGUAGUGGGUGGUUUGAAAAUGUGAUGUCUACCCCAAACUUCUCCAUACACUUAUCGUCGAGUAGUUGCACAAAUCUCUGUUUUGACAUUUUGCUGGGACAUCAGUCAGCCGCGACCACGACCAGUGAAACUAGGGAAUGCAAAUCGGUUAUUUUUUGUAUGGAAAUAACCGCGGUUUCGGUUAAUAACCGAUAAUUUCCAUACAAAAAAUAACCGAAAAUAACCGAUUUGCAUUCCCUAAGUGAAACCUGUGUCGAAACGUCGGUAAAUCAAGGUAAUGGAAUAAAAUUCGCGUUAGACCCGUCUAUAAAUGUGAGUUAAUAUUACCUAUAUGGCAAAAUCGACAAUCAAUUUACAAUUUAUCGCUAUUCCAUUAUAUCUAACCCAACAUAACAUUGCAAAUUACUUUUUGAUGAAGCAUUUACUACUUAUUUUAACUCAAUCACUGCCAGCGACCCGCUAGGCGAGUUCUCUGUUCAUGAGCUUUUCGUUACAUACGAUUUUUCACGUGUUAUCAGCUGCGUUCCUAGCACAUAGCUCGCGCUGGCAGUGAAUGUGCUAAGAUAAAAAAAUAUAAAAUGGUAACAUUGGUAACCAUAUAAAUCGCCACUACACUGUUUUUGAGGGAAAACUUCUUUGAAUAUUUUGUUUUUUUUUGUUCUUAUAUAGUAUAUAACGCCGCGUUCCCACUAUAUCACAACGACAUACAUUCGUUAGUAAAGAUAGGUAAAGUCGACGUCAAAGAUAUGUUUACACUUUUUGCCUUUUAUUACAAAAGAGUAAGGUGCAAAAGUGUAAACAUAUUUUUGACGUUGCCGUACAAGCCACUACAGGAAAAUUAUCGUUCCAUAUGUGCAUAUGUGAACACCUGACGCACGAGUCACGACUAUCUGUCGUUACGACAUAGUGGGAGAGGGGCCUUACCUGGUAUUAUGUUACUAAAUAGAGAAUUAUAGAAAUAAACAGUUUUAAAAUAGGA